AUGAAGCAUGUUAGUGCUGUGAAGCGUGGCAAUCAACAACAACAGCAGCAGCAACAGCAACAACAGCAGCAUCAAGUGUCUACAACUCAUUUAAUGGCUGGAGGGAAAAUUUACGAGACUCCACCUACUUACGUCGGCAUGAUGCCUAUAACGGGUACCGGGCUGCAAAAACCUCGAGAGCCAACGUACGAAACGUUAAGAAAUCCACCAUACUCAAUACCGAUGGUAGGUCCUUCGUAUGAAUCCACACCGCUGGUUGCUAGUGGACGACUUUCGAUUAGUCAGAGCCACGAAGCGUUACUUUCUCCCAUCCGUCGUAGUAGAUCAAGUAGAAGCACCGAUACGGAUCAAUAUCCGCAACUAGAGCGCAGAUCUCCAGUGUCACAUUAUUCCAAAAUACGACGCCCUCAUCAGUCCAACACUCUACCGUCGUCAAUGCGCUCGGGAAGACGCCAUCAUACAGGUACGGGAGACUACGAUCCAGCCGGUUACAGCGUUAUCCGCGAAGGUCCCAAUAAUGCUCGCGGCGCUGGCCCUGGUCCUAGCGGAGGAUCUACACUACCGAAAUCCUUCAGCAUGCAACAGCCACGAACCACACCAAUGGUUUCGGGACGAUCAGCAUCGCUUCUCACGAUGGGGCACGAGUAUGCAGAAAUCACCAAAACAAGUGGGAAAUCUAAACCGAUUCCUCCACCGAUUAGUACCAUUCCCAGUACACGCGAAACAAGGGCCAGAUCGAAACAGCAAGCUGCAUCGAACAUGCGACCCGUAUCGCCAUCACAGUAUGCUCGCACUGGUCCUUCCGGAAUCGCUGGUAGUUCUGCCGGCAAUAGUAGUAUGGAGCGGAAGUCUCGCGAUCGAUCAUUGAAGCAGGGUAAAAGCUCCGAAACGGUGAGAAAGGAACGAUCGCCUGCGAUGAAGGAACAGCCGGGAGAAAAGGGAAAACCAGGUAACCGAGAACAGACAACCGGAACGUCAGCUGCUUCGAGUGGUUCGAUGACUAGAAGCGGAAAACCUACGACGGGCAGUACCAGGCGGAAGGAGUUUGUACGAUCGCAGCAGCAGCAGCAUCGAUCGAAGCGUCCAGUUCGGGACAACUUCACCGAUGACGAGGAUGAUGAUGAGGUGUUCCUAAGCGAUAAGGUGUACGAACGGCCGGUCCAGAACAAUCGAAAGGACUCGAAGGAAUCGCCAGUGGCUCUCACGUCCACGGUGACCGCGCCACAAACGACGCUGACAACCUCGUUAAUGGCACCGACAACACCGACAACAACCAGCAGUGGUGGUACCGGUCGGAGCAGCAGCGGAGCCACACCACCAACCGCAACAACCACCUCCACCAUCACAACUACCGCCUCCCUUUCCUCCCCCUCCCACCCAAACGCACGAAGCUCCGGUGCGCAAGCUUUCGAUUUUACGCUACAACCCCCAACAUCGUCAUCCUCCUCCAGCGGCACUCAGCCCCACUCGUCAUCAUCCCCUUCCGCGGUGGGGGCGCCCACCACCUUCACCGUCUCACCCGUGCCAGCUCCACGAACCAAAUCAAAACAAAAGCCAGAGCUCGAUGCCGGCAGCAACCGAGCGGCCAACGGCACUCAGCCGAACGAAAGUGAGAGUUUGCGCACCGAACGCCCGAAAGCUCCGGCACCGAGUGCGCUGAGUGGCCGUGAGUGUACGGCCGUGGCGGAUGCUGGGCAGCCCAACAACACCACCAGCACCACCGAUGGCAGCAACGCCGGCGCUGGGCCCACCGUGAAGACGGACGCCAAAACAACAACAAGCGCUACGCUCGCCAGUUACGAUUCUGGCGUCAUCGGUGAAGCAACGCGUCGUGACGUCGUCGUGCGUGGAACAGCUGGCGGAACAGUGAACAGAUCAAAGGACCAGUCACCGUCAACGCCAUCAACGGAACGGUCACCAGACCAGGAACUGCUGCCAACCAGUUCGGAACCGGGAACACCGGCACGCACUGUCAUCCAAACGUCCAGCGAGCACGUCAACGCACCGCCAACAACUUCCAGCGAACUGCUAGAGCGCAACGAUGAUGGGACGAAAUUAAUUGGCAACGAUGAAUGUGACAUCAGUGACUUCCCACUGCCGGAGCUCCCGGUGAGCAGCCGACAGGAUCCAACCUCCUCCGACAGCUUCCUUACGGCAACGGAUGCCGAGGAUGGUUGUAUCGGAUUGGUGGACGACGGAACCGUACUAUCGUCAUUAGAAACCGAACAACGAAACCGCGACGAAGCCGAGGAACGACAGCAAACGCAGCAGGACGAACUGGACAGUAUGCACUACCGGACGGCAGCGAACGGUGGCAAACCGACGUACCUGUUCGGUGAAAAUGUUAAAAAGAAUGGUAUCUUUCUGAACAAAUCUGGCUGGGUGCAGGUAACCGGUGCACAGCAGUCUAUUCAACCGGGCCGGGGCGUUCCCGGAUCCUAUCCACUGACUGGCAGUGAGCGAAUACACGGCACCGGAGGUUCCGGCAUUCCAGCUGGUCAGCCGACAGUAGCAGGAGCUGGAUCGAAAGUAACACGCAAGUACAUCGAGUAUGAUGAAAACCGGUACACCGGUAGAUCUGGACCCGGUGCAAGCAAACUAGAAGAUCUGAUCAACCGCAACGAAUCACGUGGCAAGGGAGGUAGCCGUCCACCGAGCCAACAGCAACGGCAGGAUAAUGUAACGAUACUAAAGAUAGAUCCCGGGUCUGGGUCGACAUCGACCGCUUCGCUUGGCAACCGGCCGGCUUGUCUGUCGAUAAAACGCAACCUAGCGGAUGGGAGUCCUCCACCGGUGACUCCGAUCCUUUCACCACCUCCGGCAUUUCAGGACUCACAGCAACAGCAGCAACAACAGCAGCAACAGUCCAACAAAACUCGCCUCGGUGACAUCAAACCCGGCACGAGAAUAUUCCUUUCCGUCGUGGACAAUGAAAACCACAAUCCGAAGGGAAUGGUAUUUUCCCGAAGCUUUGAGUACGAUCGACGGAACCGGCGUCCACCGGAAGAGGACGUUGAACAGCGGGGUGGAUACGGUGGAGUAUCUACAGGUCCAGGCAGCAGCAGCAGUACGGAUGCCUUUUCCAAAAGCUUCGAGUACGACUUUAAUCCAUCCGGUUCGAUGGGAAGCCUGCAGCAGCAGCAGCAGCAACCACUCAAGAGCUCCCUUAUUAGGCGCAACCGUUCGCCUACGUUCGCUACCCUUACCGGGAACUCGCCGAACUAUCUCACCAAAAAGGAGAAACCGACCAAACUGAGCUCACCAAUCUUCCCGAAAGCUAUUCCCGGGAAUAGUCUCACGGUGAACCGAGCUACGCUUGGGUACGCUUCCAGCGAAUCGUUGCGAAAGUUCGACAAGAACAAGUCUCUGGAUGCGGGCAGCUCGAUAGGUAGUGGUGGCGCUAGCGCUGGACACCGUUCCCGACGAUCCCAGUUCUCGACCAAGGCGAACUCGGCGCCGGGCCUGCCGUACGGUUUUCGUUCCGAUUCGGUGGGCAACCAACGACUCAAUUCCUGUGAUAGUGGUGCUAGAUCAGAUUACUCGAACGACGACGUGGAUGAUGAGGACGACAUCAGCGAAGAUCAGUCCUCCUCCCUGGCGCUUAGCUACAAAUCAUCCACCUCUUACAUUAACCAGAUGAAGGGACGCGCAUCGUUUACCGGCGGUAGCCCUAGCCAAAGCCAGAGCGCUCUCCUGUCGGCCGUCUCACCGCACGGUCUACUAAAAUCCCAACGAUCGCUAACACCCGAACGACUCUACGACAACAACGACGAGUAUGGCAGUGCGCGGAACCUCAAGAAGCAACGAUCUCUGACUCCGGAGAAACGCUCCCGGACACCGGACGAUCGCAGCAAACGGAAAGGGGUUGGUGGUGUUGGUGGAGAUCAAGGCAACAACAGCUCCCAAUCGUCGCUCGUAUCACGGCAAAGUUCAGGCUCGCGUAGCAGCACACUCGAGCGACAGCGGUACGACGAAGGCUACAUGCGGACCAGCAGUCGUAGCUCGUCAAGCUCGAGCUACAGCCGGGACGAGAAUGUGCCGACGACCAGCCCGAGUGCCACCUACCGGCGCAAUCAGCUCCGGGGUAACGUGCGACUACAGCCGAGUUCAACCGCCCUCGGUGGAGAUUACAAAAUACGCCGGUCAAGGUCACUUCAACUCUCUGAAAGAUCGCCCAGUCGCCAGCAAAUGCCAGUGCAGCAGAUGCCUCACAAGGUGGUUGUACGGUUGGGUACGGUCCCACCGAAGGAGCGUCCCACCUAUGCAACCCCGAACGUAAUGGGCCGUAAGCAGGGACCUCCGACAACCGCCCAACUACUCAGCCAAGACAGUCUCAACCUGAGCAGUGCCCAUAUGUACAGUCGCAUCUCGCCAAACAGUACGCUCGAUCGCUUGCGUCGUGAAACCGCUUCCCACACGCUGGAGGUGGUCGAUAAGAGUAAAUCCUUCGACAACAAUAACUACGGGCUGGGGUUGGGCGCCACAGGCAUAACCCAUCCGUACGAGUACGAGUUUGACAAGAGCAAAUCUUUCGACGACAAUCUGGGCAUGCCGCUAGCCGAUCGGAUGUCCGAUAAACGCACGUACGUGACGAACGAAAAGCGUUCCUACUCGCACGAUCGUGUGUUCGGUUCGACCGGGACCAACUCUUCCAGCAACGAGUACGCCACCAGCCAGUCGUCGACGUCGCGCAACCGUUCACCGCAAACGUCACUGUUUGGUGGGCUGAAUCGGCUGUACGAACCGGACCAGUUGCCGUACGAGCUGAACCGUGUCACUAUGGCCCGUUCGCCCGUUAUGAUGGGUUCGGCAUACCGGCAAACGCGAUCCGCUGUUUCACGGGAACGAUCGCCCGUGCCGGGCUAUCAGAAACCAAGUGACCUAUACCUGAUGCGACAGCAGACACCCGACUCCGAGUACGAUGAUCGACUGAUGACGCCCGAGUAUGGCGGCGAGCUAGGACAACCGGUACAACCGAUAGCCACCUUUAAGGAGGCUGAGCUAGUGAAGAAGUUCCUGUACGCCACCAAGAACAAGGUGCAAAUGCAUCGAGAAUCGGCCGCCAGAAACGCAAUGCCACCUCCGACCAUUGCCGGAACACCGUCGUCUGGAAGUUGUACCGCUAGCUCCUGUGACUUUUGGCCACACUGUGGCGUGUCGUCCGCGGGUGCAACUGCAAGUGCGCUGCAGGUCGAGGAACAUUCGAAGGAACAGAAUGCGCAACACUUGUCCAAAUCGGGUAGUGAUAAUUGUUUGGUCCGCAGCAAGGUGAAGCGGGUGCCGGCGGCCGAAGUGAUAUUCAUUGGCAGUGCCGCGGAAGAGUUGUGUGUGGGUGGGUCGUCUCGGGGUGACGGUGGUGGUAACAGUAGUAGCAAUAGUAGCAAUAAUGAUAGUCACAUUAGCACCAGCAACGGUUCUGCCAUCAUGUGGCCAAACACGUCGACGGCAGCUUCGAAACCGGGUGGCGAACAACCUGCUACGGUUGUGUCCCGGGUGUUGGCAGCCGGCCGUGCCGUACCGGUACCGGUAAAGGCAAACAGCUACGGUGGUGUUAGUAGCUUUGGCCAACAGCAUCACUACUACCAGCAGCAGCAGCAACAUCCACAUCAGCAGCAGCAGCAGUCGCCGGAUCAACCACACCAACAGCAGCAGCAACGCAUUUUACGCAAGCAGCAAAACUUUGAAUUCUACGAUGACGAUGGUGCUGGACCAAUGUCCUACCGGAUGUCAUCCGGUCCCGGGACGGCAGCAAAAUCAGCUCACACAUCCAUAGGACAUUCACAAACCGGAGGCCUAUCGGUCGACUAUGGGCAGAGUAAUGCCGGUGGUAACAAUAGCAGCAGCAACAUCAUCAGCACGAUCAUAAAAGCAAACUCGAUAACGUUUCUCGGUGAGCACGAGAUGCCAAUUACGCGUGACCGAGCCUUCCCAUCCAAGGCGAAGGUUUCACCAUGCGUCGUUACCAUCGGUGGUGGUGGUGGUGGUGGCGCUGGUGGCAGUAGCAGCGGCGGUUCCGGUUCCGGUACUGCACUGUCGACAGUUAAAAGUAAUAACGGCACAUCAAUGACACCACCGACGGCGUUGACACCGGGAACGGCGAAUGGGAAAAGCCACCGUAGCAAUAGUGGCAAGCGGCAUCAUCAGCAAGCGACCGGCGGCAAUCAGCACGGCACGGCUUGCACUGGCACUGGCAUCGAUACGCGCGACGGCAGAGCAAGACCUCAAUCGACCAAACCUCGAACGGGAGUGGGACAAGCGACAUCGUUAGCGACCGGUUCCAUCAAGCGAAAAUUUGAGAUGAAACUCAAGAGUCGCUCACUACCCAAAUCCUUCAUGCGCUACAGCAACCUAACGACGGAUGACUUGGAGCUAUCGGCUAUUUUAACAUCGAACGCGCCCCUUCAGCUACGAGCCGUCUCUAGUCCAUCGAUUACGGAGGCACCGAUUGAAGCGACACCGGCUGGCAAUCAGCAGCAGGAUGGUAGGACUCCCCACCUAAGUACCGGCGGUGCCAAUGCUCAUCUCAGUCCCACCUCGAAUGUGCAUCAAUCAUCAUCAUCAUCAUCAUCCUCGCAUCAGAAGACUGCCCAAACCAAAGUGUCCAGUAGCAGCAGUGCCACGCAUCAUCCAGUGCAAGUUUCCGAGAGCGUGCUGCAAAAGUUCCGCAAAACGUUCUCCCAUUUCAAAACCUCGAAAACGGUUGCCCAACCGGUGACCCUUGCCACAAGCGAACAGCAGCAUAACGGUGGCACGACGAUGAGUGUGGAUGACAAGCAGCAACAAACGCAGCAGCAGCACCAUCAUCACCGGUUUGGUCCACUGAUCUGGCGAUCGAGCAAGGAACGCCGCAAGACCAAGUCCCACCGGCGGGACAAAUGUAACAGCGGCGACUCGGGCAUCCAGGUCGAGCUGGACAAUGAUGCGGAUCAGCAUCUACUUCUGCAGCAAUUUCAUCCACUCGAAAACCAUCCCGAAGGAGUUCCGGACGGUGUGCGUAAUGGGGAUGGUUCACCACAGUAUACGGCCGGUGUACCGGUACGGAGGGCCAACUCAGCCAAAGUGUCGACCAGCACCACCUCCUCCAUCCUGAAGCACAAAUUGUCGCUCAAGGGCAAGGACAAGGAAAACGUCACCAACAUAUCACGGCUGAGCGGCAAAUCGCUAAGUCAACCGUCCGGCCUAGACUGUAUCGUUGCGUCCGGUGAUGACGGUGCGGUGGACGGUAGACGCCGUCGGCGAAGACAGCACACACGCACCUCCACCACCAUACCAACCGAGCUGGACAUAAGUGAUAGCGAAAGCAUAUCGUCCCACCCAGACGAAGAUGAGGCGGUAGCGGUAGAGGACGAGCUGCUCGUCGAACCCGUCUUUGCCGAGGUAUUGUUUUCCUUCCGGCCCGGUGGUCCCCAGGAACUUGGUCUCGAAAAAGGUGCUCUGGUGGAGGUGUUGAAGCGCGAAGCUGGUCCAUGGUGGUGGGGUCGUCUAAAAUCGGACGCCAUCGUGUCCACCAUGGCGACGCCGAGUGAUGCUGAACGGAAGCCGUCGGAUUGUGGUUGGUUCCCGAAGGAUUUUGUGAAGAUUGUGCCAACGUACGCGAAACCGAAGCAGAUCAUCAUCAUUAGCAACAGUGAGACGGGCAAACAGCUGUCGACAGUGUCAUCCCUAUCGCACCAUGGCGGUUGUGAGGACGAUGAUGGAGGCAGCAGUGCUUCUACACUGAUCGAAGGUGGUAACUGUGAUAGUAGUACCCGACUGAUGGGUGGACUGUCGGUGGCGAGCGAUGCCUCAUCGGCAGUUUCAACCGGAACACCCCAGGACACGGGUGUCGGUAGUCAUCCGGACCUAACGAAGGAGAACAUCAUCAAGGAGCUGCUCGAAACGGAAAUUAACUACGUGAAGUUGCUCAAUUCACUAUGUUUAGGCUUCAUCAAACCGUUGCGCGAACGGGAAGACAUCUUUUCGGUGGAAAGUGUAAAUUUGAUAUUUUCCAACCUGGAAAAGAUCUGGCGAUUCCAGCAAACCUUUCUCGACGCGUUACGUCUCGCUGUGCCAAACAAUCGGAUCGGUGAAGUGUUCCUGGAGUAUCAAUCGGCGUUUAUGGUGUACUCGUCCUACUGCAACUCGUACCCACGUGCGCUAAUGGAGCUGGAGAACUAUGCCAACAAUAAGGAAGCGAAUCAAAUACUGGAAAACUGUCGUGUGGCGGAAAAUUUACCAGAGUUACCACUGUCGGCACAUCUGCUGGCCCCGAUACAACGGAUAUGUCGUUACCCACUACAUCUCAGCGAACUAGUCAAACACUCGCUCACCCGCAAGGAGCUGCUGCCGACGCUGAACCUACGCAAGUGUACCAAAUCCGAGCUGGAAACGAUGGACUGCCGGGAGGUGUUCGAGAUGGCCCUGUCGGCGAUGCGGCGCGUCACGGAGAUGGUUAAUGAAGGCAAACGGCACAGCGAAUAUCUGUCCCGCAUCCAGGCACGGUUCGAAAACUUCCAAGGUCCAUCGAUCAACGUGCACAGCACCCGGCUGUUUCUGCAAACCGACGCCAUCCGGAUGUCCCCGAACCUCUGGAACAACACGUACACACUGUUCCUGUUCGAUCGGCAGCUCAUCUACUGCAAGAAGGAUCUGCUCAAGCGCACCAACUACAUCUACAAGGGCCGCAUCUUUCUCGACAACUGUCGCAUCCUGAACCUUCCGGAUGGGAAAAUGUUUGGCGUAACGCUCAAGAACGCACUGCGCCUGUUCUGCGACACCCGGAACAAGUGGUUCGAUUUCUGUUUUCGCAGCAGCAGCAGCAAACUACGCUUCCUGAACACACUCUCGUCCGAGCGGCAGUUCUGCGGGGAAAGUUUGUUCGUGUCCGAGCUGGACGGUGGUGCGGCAUCCUGCGUCGACGAGGAUAAUCUGUCCGAUCGGGAAUAUUUCCCGUACGUCGAUUUGGAAAGCAAGGAGGCGGCGGACAAUGGCGGAGAUCAGAAUCUGUACGAUAUGGUAGAUAGUGGGAGCGGUGUUGGUGGUGGUUUCCGUACAUCGGUAGCAAGCAGCAUUUCGUCCCUGUCGACCGGUUCACAGUACGCGAAAGAAUCUCUUAGCAAAUCGGCUAUGAUGCCACCAUCACUGGUGGGACCUGGUGUCGGUAAUGUGACUACUGUUGGCGGUAAUACGCUUCCGAAAAAGUCUCGAAAAAUGCCCAAAGAUGCAUCCCUCCAGCAGCAGCAGCAGCAGCAACAGGUGCUAGCCAAUUCUGAGUACGGUUCCAACUCGCUCGGACGCCGUAAGUUGGGCAAUUGGUUCCGGAAAGCGAAAAGCACCAACAGUACACCGUCGCAAAGUCCAACGCAUCAUCCGAUGGCAAUGUCGCUUGCCUCAAUCGGCAACAGCAACAACCACUCGGAUAGUUCGUCCCAAAGCAGUCUGGUGACCGGGUUCCAGCAGCAGCGAACACUCUCCACACUCGGUACAGCCGGCGGCAGUGGACCAUCACUAUCCGGACCAGCUGGCAAAGGUAAACCUUCCAAAGCUGACCAAUCCACCAUGUCGUCGGCGACGACAGUGGUGGGAGUAGAAUCAUCAUCUCAAUCUCAACCCAUCUCGAUCACCGACGCCACAACCACUACUACUACCGCUACUAGUACUACGACGGCAGCUUCCUCCUGAGGGUACGAGAGUACUCUGCUGUAGU